AUUGUGUCACGUGACGGACAUGCGGCGAUCGCCGUCGCGAGAAAUGCAAUGCACGAAUUAUCUACCUUUGUGAUUGCCAAACUUGAUAAAAAUGGUGGCAGUGUUGUUGAUGACAUAUGCAUUAAU